AUGGGUUUUGGAGUGAAGUGGUGUAAGUGGAUCCGUACUUGUAUAUCCAUUGUUCAGUUCUCUGUCUUGAUUAAUGAGUCUCCAGCUGAUUUUUUUGGUAGUUCAAGGGAUCCGUUAUCUCCUAUGCUGUUUUUGAUUUUGAUGGAGGUGUUUAGUAGGAUGCUAAGAAAAGUGGAGGGAGCUAGAUUGAUUUGUGGCUUUAAAAUUGAGGGUAGGAGGGAUGGUGGGGAAAGUGUUUCACAUCUUUUGUUUAUAGAUGAUACUAUCCUAUUUUGUGACGCAGAUGUGGAGCAAAUUCUUCAUAUCUGGCUGUUGUUACUCAGUUUUCAGGCGGUAACUGGUUUGAAGGUCAAUGUGCACAAGUGUGAAAUGGUUCCAAUAGGGGAGGUUGAUGAUGUGCAUGCCCUUGCUGAUAUUUUGGGUUGUAAAGUUGGAUGUUUGCUUAUGUCUUAUCUUGGCAUGCCGUUGGGGGCUUCACACAAAUCCCCUUCACUUUGGAAUCCCAUUUUAGAGAAAAUUGAGCGGAGAUUAGCCGGGUGGAAGAAGUUGUAUUUGUCUAAAGGGGGUCGAUUGAUGUUACUCAAGAGUACGUUAUCUAGUCUUUCUACCUAUUUUCUUUCUCUAUUUACAAUUCCUACUUAUGUGGCUAAUAAAAUUGAAAAGUUGCAAAGGGAUUUUCUAUGGGGUGAUAGCAAGACUCAUCUGGUUGGAUGGGAUAAAGUUUAUGCGCCUUUAGCUAACAGUGGCUUGGGGAUAAGAAAACUUACUACUUUCAAUAAGGCCUUAUUGGGGAAAUGGUUGUGGUGGUUUGGGAAGGAAGAGGAUCGAUUAUGGAGGAGGAUGGUAGUUUCUAAAUAUGGGGAAGAAUGGGGGUGCCUGGACCUCAAAACUAGGUAG